ACCCUAACUUGGCCUCUGCGGCAGAUACCCCUACUCUUGCCUCCUUCCUCCACGGUCGCUGUGCAGUUCUCCUCCUAAAUCCGCCUCCUCCGCCGAUCCCUCGUUCUCCGUCGGAAGCAAACAGGAGGGGAAGGAACAUGUCGUCGCUGCGGAACGCCAUUCCGCGGCGGGCUCAUAAGGAGCGUGCACAGCCGGAGGCGAGGAAGAAGUUUGGGCUUCUUGAGAAGCACAAGGACUAUGUCGUCAGGGCAAAAGCUUUCCACCGCAAGGAGGAAAUUAUCGGGAAACUGAGGGAGAAGGCAGCAUUCAGGAACCCAGAUGAGUUCUACUUUAAGAUGAUCAACAGUAGGACUGUUGGUGGAGUUCAUAGGCCAAAGCCUGAAGCAAAUAAGUAUACCGAAGAGGAACUUCUGUUGUUGAAAAAUAAAGAUAUGGGAUAUAUCCUUCAGUGUAUUCAGAGUGAAAAAAAGAAAAUUGAAAAGUUAAGCUCAACACUUCAUGAACUGGAUACCAAGCGUCCAAACAAGCAUGUUUAUUUUGCUGAAGACAGAGAAGAAGCCAAAGAAAUACAUUCCAGGCUAGGAGAAUGCAGCAACAUGCCUGGCUUUGACAACAUCCCUUCUCGUAUAAAGAAGAAAACAGCUUCUUCAUACAGGGAGUUAGAAGAGAGAAAGCAGAGGCUUCAAAAGCUUGAGAAGUUGUAUGGAGAAAUGGCCUUGCAAAAAGAAUUGAAGAAACCUGGACGCAAGAGGAAACUCCGUGAAGACGAGAUGGUGAAUCCGACAUCACAGCCUGUCUAUAAGUGGCGAGCACAGAGGAAGCGGUGAGAUGAUAUGAACGAUUAACAAAGGGAUGAAAAAAGUGAAGUAUUGCAAGUGGAAGUGCUGAUCGUAACAGCAAACGGAAACUGGCGCUUGAACAUCUCUGAUCUCACCUUGAGUCCUGAAAUAUUUCCAGUAAAUGUGGCCCUCCUCAAGAUCUACUAUAUCUUUGUCAAAUUGUUGGGCAAACAGAAUUAGGAGACGAUGUAAACUUUGAUAUAUAUAUAUGGGAAAUCAGAUUCUAUAUGGUUCGAUUCAAUGGCAAUGUCUUCAUUCA